CUCUCUUUAUUCUCUUCGGCAUCUCUCGUCCUUCACAACUCUCUCUCUCCACCAAUCUCUCUGUAUAAAUAGCCAGUUUUUGGACCGAGAAAUUUUUCUUGUCGGUGUUUCCCAUUUUCCCUUAGCGUCCUCCCAUUUUAAAUUCUAUUUAUUCCGCUCCAUGGCUUCUUCGGUUAUCGAGAUCGUCGGUGAGCACUUAGUCAACGGUCUUCGCGGCCUUUCUAUCCAAGAUCAGGACCCUCAGAUUAAAGCAGAGAUUGAGGAAAAGGGGUGUGAAAAUCAUGGUGGGAUCUGCGCGAUAUGUUUAGAUAAAAUAGUGCUUCAAGAGACGGCUCUUGUAAAAGGUUGCGAGCAUGCUUACUGCGUGACUUGCAUCCUCCGAUGGGCCACAUAUAGUCAGAAACCAGCAUGCCCUCAGUGUAAACAUCCAUUUGAGUUCCUUAAUGUCCAUCGUUCCCUUGAUGGCAGUAUCAAUGAUUACAUGUUUGAGGAGAGUGUCUGCCUACUCCUUAGAGCUACUUGGUUUAAGCCUUUGAUUGUGGAGGAACGGGAAGACGUUUAUGAUGAUCCUGAAGAUUAUUAUCCAUACGAGGACGAGGACGACGAGGAAGAUGAGCUAGAUGAAGUUUACUUAAGUGGUUCAUCACAUCUUCGUAUUGGUAAUAGAAGGUGGGGAGAUAAUGGAUUUGUCAGGGCAGGACGUCAAGAAGCACGGCCAGUCUAUCGACCAAGUUUCCAGGACUCUGGUGCCAGUACAUCAUCCCGAGAGCCCAAGAAGGAGGCUGCUGUGAAAAGUACAACUGGACGACGAGCAAAAAGGGCACUUAAACGUGAAGCAGCCGACAAAGCUGCUGCAGAAAAGCAUCAGCAGCGUCUGGUGAGGUUGGGUCGGACGUGAGGCCAUUUGUGUAAGCAUCUAAGCCGGGCCUCUAAACUCGAUGUCCCUUUGUACAAUAUGUUCUCUCUGCUUUUAACAUUGUGAAAUAAUGUUCAAUCUUCUGUAAAAAGAAAUAACCCAUGUGAAAUAAUGACAUUGUAGUUGGUUCGGUCUCUUAGUGUCUCGAUUUAUUGGUCUUUGCAGUAUUGUGCAAUAUUGACUUACUUGCAUUGCAAGAGACAUUCUUUCAAUUUGACAUGCUAGCCUUUCGA